AGUAAAGAAGAUAUUUUCAUGAGAGUGUGAUUUUAUCUCAGUGGUAAAAGAAAUAUAAAUUUAAAUGAUUAAUUAUUUUGAAUUAAUCAGUAAUAUGGAUUUUCAUAUAAUUUCUAUAUCUCAAUCUUACAUAUAGUAUAUUAUCCUUUCAAUAUAAUGAGUCAUCCAAUCUAUAUAUCUGUUUUAUUGGCUAUCAUAUAAAAACAGCUUUGAAAAUAGCUUUAACUCGUAUACCAAAUAGUAACGAUUGCCAAUUAUAAAAUAAGAAUCAGGUUUGUCAAUUCUCUUCUAUCGUGAAUUUCAUUUAUUCAAUCCGUGUACACUUUAGUAAUAAAAACACUUUUAUCUGUCGCGUCGUAUAUGCAUUUAUAUCUUUGUAUGUAUGUAUUGCAUACUUACGUGCAUAUUCGUGUAGCGCACGUGUGUGUGCAAUUAUAGAAAGCGCUCAUUGAGAUCUAGUAGUAACAACUAUAGAUAAAACAGUCAUUUUGACAGAAUGGCCGAGUGUUCUAAACCUGUUGUAAGACAAAUAUUAAUCGUUCAUUUCUUUGAGUUCCACAGAAUUAGAACACUAGAGUGAAUUAAUUAAAUAAAAACUAAUUGUACAUAUACGAAUGAUCGUGAUGCAUUUUCAUUCGUGAUAUCAAAAGGGUGGAUAUUGCGAAAUUCUUUCUCAAAGUAUGUUGUAAUUCGAAGGCAACCGUCAAGGUAAUCGGAAAGUGUAGAAAGUGCGCGUGUUAUGUUUGCAAAUGUAUAGGUAGACUCGCUUUUGUAAAACCGUUUUGGGAUAAAUCACGGUGCAAAUGUGAUGGAGGACUACAAAUUUCUUUUCAAAGUCGUCCUGGUGGGCAAUGCCGGUGUUGGAAAAACUUGCCUUGUACGAAGAUUUACGCAGGGUUUAUUUCCUCCAGGUCAAGGUGCAACAAUUGGUGUAGAUUUUAUGAUUAAAACUGUGGAAGUAGAAAAUGAGAAAGUCAAGUUACAAAUUUGGGAUACAGCUGGACAAGAAAGAUUUCGUUCAAUAACUCAAAGUUAUUAUAGAUCUGCUCACGCUUUGAUUUUAGUAUAUGAUAUUUCAUGUCAACCUACUUUUGAUUGUUUACCUGAUUGGUUAAGAGAAAUUGAAGAAUAUGCAAAUAAUAAAGUUUUAAGGAUAUUAGUAGGUAAUAAAAUAGAUCGAGAGGAUAGGGAAAUACCAACGCAUGUAGGUGAAGAUUUUGCACAAAGACAUGGAAUGUACUUUUUAGAAACAUCAGCAAAAGAGGCAGAAAACGUAGAACGAUUAUUUAUGGAGAUAGCUGCCGAGCUUAUGGAUCAAGCACGUAGUAAGGAAUUACCUAGAUAUGAAACAAAUGCAACUUCCAUAAAUGGAAAGACUACAUCAAUUGGUGAUACUAAUAGUUGUGGUUGCAGUCGUUUUUCUUAAAUAUUUGUGGCAAUCGUAUUAUGUCAUUUGUAUGAAUGCAGAACUGUCGUCAGUUAUUGGAUAUUUAUAUAAUAGAAUAAGAUUAUACGUUUUUCAUCACAUAUAUUAAAUGCAAUACUAGUCGAUGUUUCACAGCUCAGACAAUAUUAAUCUAUUCGCACACUUGAUAUUAUAUAUUAGCAAAUAGCAAAAACACUAUAUACUAUUUUAAUUAUUAGAGUGAAUUGAUUUUUAUAAUGUUAUAGUUAGUACUUUCUUCAAUGGCAGACUAUCAGAUUAGUUAAAUUUUUAUAAGAAUACUCUUUGUCUGACUGAUCUGUCAUCAUUUUUAUAAGAUUUUGGUUGCUUCAAAAGUACAAAUAGUUAUGUAUGAAUUUUGAUGGAUUUUUAUAGAGAAGAUAAUGUUUAUGCCCUAAAACAACAAUACUGACAACUUUUUAGAUUAAUGUCCAAUGUGCAAUACAGAUGUGUGCUUACUAUGCUAAUUUUAAAAUUAAGAAUUAACUUGAACAUAUAAAUAUUUAAAUAUUUCAUAGAGUACUCACGAAAUAUCAAUAAUAUGAUUGAGAUAAAUUUUUCUCUAUUAGACAUUGUUAUAAAUAUAAAGGACACAUGUUCUUCAUUGUUUUAUUACUGAUAUUUGGGUAAUCAAAGUUUUGUUACAUUUAUUCCAUAUUUUAAUCAUGUUUUCUCAUCAUAGUUUAUUAUUAAUUCUGUUCACCUAUUGUUCAAUGUUGUAUCAUAAAAAUUAUUUACAAAGUAUUAACUUUGAUAAUGCUAUCAAAACUAUCUAUUAAUUUGUUUAGGUCAUUACUCUAGUCUCAAGAUUUGCUUCUUUUACAGGUUAGGUAUAAGGAAUCUAAGACUACUAAAAUUUGUAUAAUUUUUCUUUCUCAUUAUUACAUUAAUCAUAAUUUAUUUAUUUUCUCCUGUUAAUUCUUUUGUUAUAUUUUAUUUGUAUAAAUUGAAUAAUACAUAUUUACAUCAAUUGCAAAAACAGAAGAAUAAGAAGGGCUGCAUUUUUCUAAAGAGUACUAUUAAAUAAUAAUGAAUUUAUAUAUUACUAAAUUGCUUUUUAUAUUGAUAAUUUAUAUGCUAUAUUGUUGAAAAGUAUUGUGACCAAUACAAAAUUAUUUCAUUCCAUUUUAUUUUUUGGUACAAAAUUGACACAUUAAUGCUAUGCAAAUAAAUCAGAUUUUUUAAAAUUUAAUAAGCUUGUCAAUAUCAAAUAAUUUUAUUAUUAUAAUAAUAUGCUAUACAAUUUUAUAAUGCAUGAAAUAAGUGCAUAUUUGAGUAAAUGCUAAUAAAUACAUAUCAAUCUGUCAUGUCUCCUAGGAA